CUUAACCAUUCAGAGGCAAAUCUCUUAACCAUUCAGAUAUAUGAACCAUUAAGAGGCUGAAACAAACAGUCUGAACCAUUAAGUGCUGAAUCAUUCAGACAUCUGAACCAUUAAGAGGCUGAAACAAACAGCCAAUUUUUGUCUUUUUAAUGAUUUAAUUGGGGCAAUACUUCGCCAGUAGCUCACUUCCGGACCAAAACAUACACGCUGUCUGUCUCGCUGGUCGGAUGGAGUCUCGCGUCCUCACCGCCGCACGCGGCCUCCCCCUCCUGCGGAAGUCACCGGCAGCGCCGAGGUGCGCCGCCUUCAGCUUCCCCGCCGCGAACCCAUCCGGAGCUUGCCGCGUCGAUGCCGGGAAAUGGGUAUCGGGGCGGCCCUUCAUGCCCGCUACUCUGCUCCAGACUUCCCCGGCUAGCUCUCUCACGCCGAUUAGGAAGUCGGGGAUUCUCCGCCGCUUUCCGGCCGCCGCGGCGGAAAGCAGCGACUCCGGGGAUGCCAAGGUCGCUCCGGUCGGGUUCGUGCAGAAAUACCCGACGCUCGUGACCGGGUUCUUCUUUUUCAUGUGGUAUUUUCUGAAUGUGAUAUUCAACAUUAUCAACAAGAAGAUCUACAAUUACUUCCCUUAUCCUUAUUUUGUGUCUGUUGUACAUUUGGCUGUUGGAGUGGUGUAUUGCUUGGUGAGCUGGUCUGUAGGCCUCCCUAAGAGAGCUCCAAUUGACUCCAAAGUCCUAAAGCUGCUCAUCCCGGUCGCUGUGUGUCAUGCACUUGGCCAUGUCACUAGCAAUGUCUCAUUUGCUGCCGUUGCUGUCUCCUUCACCCACACAAUCAAAGCUCUCGAGCCAUUCUUCAAUGCUGCUGCUUCUCAGUUCAUACUUGGCCAACAAAUACCCAUUACAUUAUGGCUCUCACUCGCCCCCGUUGUUGUUGGCGUGUCGGUGGCAUCACUGACUGAGCUUUCUUUCAACUGGACGGGAUUUAUUAGCGCGAUGAUCUCAAACAUCUCCUUCACAUACAGGAGUAUCUACUCCAAAAAAGCCAUGACCGAUAUGGAUAGCACCAAUGUGUACGCCUACAUUUCCAUCAUUGCCCUUAUCGUCUGCAUCCCACCAGCAUUGAUUUUUGAGGGACCUCAGCUGAUGAAGCAUGGAUUUAACGAUGCAAUUGCGAAAGUGGGUCUAACCAAAUUUCUGUCGGAUCUUUUCUGGGUCGGAAUGUUUUACCACUUGUACAAUCAGAUUGCCACAAAUACCCUCGAGAGGGUGGCGCCUCUCACCCAUGCAGUUGGGAAUGUGUUGAAACGCGUUUUUGUCAUUGGAUUCUCAAUCAUCGUCUUUGGUAACAAGAUUUCAACGCAAACUGGCAUAGGGACCUGCAUUGCGAUUGCUGGAGUUGCACUCUACUCCUUCAUCAAGGCCAAAAUGGAAGAAGAAAAACGGAAAUUGAAAUCUGCCUGAAGUGGUGGAGAGCAUAUAUGGAUGUUAAAGAAACUGUGACAGUGGGGUUUUGAUUUUGUGUGAUUUUCCAUCAAAUAAAACUGAAAACCGAAAAAAAAUUGAAACAAUAAUCGAGUAUUGAGAUCUGUAAUUGUGUAGUUAUUAUUCUGCAAUGGUUGCAAUACUGUACUCCAUUAAGUGUUUACCUCUUCUUUUCCUUUGAAAACACUGCAUCUGCAUCCUCUCUAACAAAUUAUAGGGAUGUUUGGCAGCCAGAUUAUUGUAAAGUUGGUUUUUUUUGUUUGGACCAAAGGAGUUUUUUUAAGGUAGUUUUUAGGCACUGUUUUCUAACUCU